AUGGCUACUAUAUAUACAAAUCAAACAAAUCUUUGCGACCUCGGCCAUCCAGUUGUGGAUCUCCGCUCGGUAAACAAGCCCCUCAAGCUUCGUGUCCCUCAAGACGAAGACCUCCCAGCACUACUAGACAUACUUUCAAAUACUGAAAACAUAAAAACUGAUCUUUCGGUCGCUGCGCUUAAUGCUCAAGAGCGUGAAGGUAUCUGCCGCCGGUGGCUUACGCUCAAUAAUCCUCUAGAUCAUAUGAAUUUCAUCAUGAUCGAUACCAGGGAAAGUCCAGGAAAACCCAUUGGCAUAACUGGACUAGGCUGGAUUGGCCCGAUGGAAAAUAGUAGCCAAGAAGACUUCGACGAUGUGUCUAUGAGAGCUGGAGCUGCUGGGGUUAUGGUGAAUCCCGAAGCAAGACGGAAGGGAUUUGCCGCCGAGGCUCUUAAGAUUGUGAUUGACUACGGCUUAAAAGAAUUAAACUUGGCAGAAAUAAGAGUUGGCACUCCGUCUUCUAAUAUGGCCAUGCGAGGAUUAAUGGAGGGUAAAUUCGAGAUGGAGCCUGAGGAGUGUAGGCAAGUGGAUAGGUUUGGGAACGACUUGAUGUGGCGAAUCAACAAGGAAAGAUGGUCUCUCUUCCUAGGCCAUGAAUAA